AAGCUUGGUCCGGACUCGCCAGCCUACCAUUACUACAGUUUGAUGGCUGGCACGGAACAUACACGCACCAUAGCUGCCGUGGCCCUCAUUUCACAGACAGCCACACGUAUCCUGGCUGUCAGACAUAACCUGACGGUGGGACAGGUGUCGUUGGUGCUACCGCAGCACGACACCAUGAAGACGGUACUGGCGGAGUCGUGUCCGACUCCGCUACCGCCGUCGUCCUGUCCACCGUCCCGAUACCGAACCCUGGACGGUACCUGUAACAACCCGGACCAGCCCAGGUGGGGAGCCGCCAGCACCCCGUACCUCAGGCUGCUGCCUGCAUGGUACGCUGACGGAGUGUCCACGCCCCGGGCGUCCCUGGCUGGACGACCUCUACCCUCUGCCGCCCGUGUGUCUCAGGAAAUCCACGCAGGACACGUGAAGACCCAUGCUCACGUGUCCCUGCUGGCCUCUGUGUGGGGUCAGUACCUUGCCCACGACCUCUCCAGACCCCUCGUAGCUGAGGGCGUCAGAGGAGAACGAGUAAGUUCUUCGGUGUUUGGACCGGUGGUCAACCCCUCCCCCAGUGCUUUUCCCCCCACGAUUGGGGAUCUGUGCUGGGAGUACGCCAGGAACCGCGCCUGCCAACCCCCACUGAUUGUGCUCUGGGCGUUUUGCGAGCAAAAUUUAACGGCGCGACGGCGUUCCGGACGGCUCUGGGGUGGGGAAACCCCGGGGUUUUUUAACUCCGUGGCCCCAGCCCCUCUACAGCUGGUGCUGACGCUGUUGCCAGACCAGCUAUCCCUCGGCCACGAUCUGUUGCCACUAGCUACCACCGCCCUCAACAUGUCGGUCUUGUACCAACCCGGUGCUUACGAAGACCUCAUCCGUGGUCUAGUUAACUCCAACUCUCUGACUUUUGAUCCAGCCGUCAGUGACUCUAUUCGUGGAUACUUGGGUGGCGUGGACUUAGUGGCACGAAGGGUUCAGAGUGGCCGUGAUCAUGGACUUCCCCCUUACGUAGUAUGGCGUCCUCUCUGUGGGCGCCGACCCGCUCAUACCUUCGAUGACCUCCAAGACACUAUGAACAGGGAAAACAUCGCUCGCCUUCAGUCAAUUUACGUCAAUGUGGCCGAUAUCGAUCUCUUUACCGGCAUCAUCUCUGAACGGCCGCAGGAAGGAGCGCUGGUAGGCCCCACAGCCUCUUGCCUCCUCGCUCUCCAGUUCAAAGUGCUCCGGCAGACAGAUAGGUAUUGGUACGAGAAUGAUGUUCCUCCAGCAGCCUUCAGCAAAGAACAACUCUUUGAGAUCCGCAAGUCGUCAGUGGGUCGCUUGUUGUGCAACAAUGUACCAGGACUGGAAGAGGUCACCAUGUCUGCCUUCCUGGCAGCAGACCAGUUCCUAAAUGCUCCAGUUCCAUGCCACACCUUUGAUAACAUUGAUUUGGGCAUCUGGAAGACUCGGGGAAAGGUCGUGGUCGAUGAAGACAUACUACACAGCGUAGUUCAAAAAGGAAAACAAGCCGUGGAGAAGCGAAGGCAAAUGGAAAAGUUAAUCUUCGAGCAAGGUUUGGUGGCCGGCUCGAAAUCACCUGUUGGGUCUGCCUAUGCUAAUAACAAACCCAACCCGACUUCACUGAUCUUAGCCAACACUUCGGUGUUACUGGAGGCCACUAGUCAAGAGCUUAUUACUAUCAUGCAUGACCGCAGAGUCCGUCGACAGAUCCAAGGUCUCGGCAAUGAGUUCGAUUCCUUCGAUAUCAACUUGCCCUCCGUCGAUAUCUCUGGUCUUGUCCCUCCUGCGCCUCUCAUCCGUUCGUGUCGGGAAACUGAGGAACACAGAGCCUGUAAUGCCCGCAAUCGCUUCAGAACCAUCAGCGGCCAUUGUAACAACCUCCGACGUCCAGACUUUGGUCGCUCCAACACAGUGUUUGCGCGCAUGCUCCCAGCUGGGUAUGACGACAGCAUCUCAGAGCCUCGGAAACGCUCAGUCUCUGGCGAGAGUCUGCCUUCCCCCCGCACCAUCUCCACCACCAUUCACAACGACAUCUCUCACCUGCACGCCCGCUACACCCUCAUGGUGAUGCAAUUUGGACAAUUCCUUGAUCACGACAUUACCUUCACUCCCGUCAACAAAGGUUUCCAGAAUUCCAUUCUGGACUGCAGGGACUGUGAAGCGCAACAAAGAGUUCACCCCGAGUGUUUACCCAUCCCAGUCCCCGACAACGAUCCUUUCUAUCCCUCAGUCAACAUCUCUUCAGGAAGACCUUUCUGCAUCGCCUUCACCAGGUCAUUGCCGGGUCAGCAGACACUUGGAGCACGAGAACAGAUCAACCAGAACACUGCGUAUCUCGACGCUUCGCAUAUCUACGGUCAGGAGCUGUGUAGCGCCCGAGAACUACGAACCAACCAGAAUGGUCACCUGAAUGUCACUAGUCAUCCCAUCCGUGGCAAGCCUCUCCUGCCCCAGUCAACAGGAGUGCCGGAGUGCAAGGCGGACUCUGGUCGGUGUUUCAUGGCAGGCGACACAAGGUCCUCGGAGCAACCAGGUCUGGCUGUGGUUCAUACCAUCUGGAUGAGGGAACACAACAGGAUUGCUGAUGGUCUGGCUGAGAUAAAUCCACAUUGGGACGACGAACGGCUGUACCAGGAGGCGAGAAGGAUCGUGAUAGGAGAGUGGCAACAUGUCGUCUUCAACGAGUUUCUUCCCCGCGUCCUGGGCUGGAACGCCAUGAGGCUCUACUCUCUCACACUGAAGCCCGAGGGAUUUUAUGGAGAGUAUGAUGGGAACUGCAACCCUGGUGUCCUGAACGAGUUCGCCUCUGCUGCAUUCCGUUUCGGUCAUUCCUUGAUCCGCAGGUCUUUGCUACGUAUGGACACCUCCUUCAGCGAGAACCACGACGGAGUAGAACUACGCCGAAGUUUCUUUAAUCCGGACAUGCUGCUGGAAUUCCAGAUGAUAGACGAAUUGGUACGAGGAAUGAUCUCCACACCCAUGGAAACGCUAGACAACUUCCUCACUGAAGAGAUUACUAAUCAUCUCUUCGAGGACGCUACCAUUCCCUUCUCGGGUCUCGACCUCGCUGCACUGAACAUCCAGCGAGCGCGAGAACAUGGAAUUCGACCCUACAACGAGUACAGGGCUAUCUGUAAUCUCAAGCGAGCUAGAACUUUCACUGACCUCAGCAGGGAAAUUAAGCCAGAACUGAUUGAAAAGUUGCAAAGGGUAUACUCUAGUGUUGAGGACAUAGAUCUCUUCACCGGAGGACUCUGUGAGACUCCCCUACAAGGAGGUAUCAUCGGCCCCACAUUCGGCUGCAUCAUAGGACUACAGUUCUCCUUCGCCAGAAAAUGUGACAGAUUCUGGUACGAGACUUCGAAUCCCAACGUGGCCUUCACUGAGAAGCAGCUAAGUGAGAUCAGGCAGGUGACGAUGGCGUCACUCAUCUGCCAAAACUGUGAUGUUGUCGAGCAGAUCCAGAGAGGCGUCUUUGACAUGCCACAUGACUUCUUGAAUCCACGUGUGCCAUGCGGAGCCGUUGCCAGAGUCAACCUGCAGGAGUGGCGAGAUUCGAACACUUGCAUCAUUGGCAACCAGGCGGUGGGCGUGGGCGAGACCCGCACGCCUACGCCCUGCACCCUCUGCACCUGCACCACCUCAGGAGAGCAGUGCCAGACCCUCAAGGUCAACUGCUUUGAGCUGAGAUCUCGCUUUGGACUGGACGAAAUUCUCCGAGACAAUGUAUGCCGGGCGCAGUGCGGGAACAUCUUGGAUCCUAACCGCCCAUCACAAGCCACUGCCGCCCUGCCACCCGCACCCCGCCCACCCUCUGUCAGUGUGUUCAAUGAGGGGCUCACACCGCCCCCACCACCACCCCCACCACAACCUCAGCCACCUGUACCCCCACGUGGAAGACCUAUACCCCCCACCGGGCCAGUAUUCCGACCCCCACCACCUUCACUGCUGCAGAACAACCCCCUUCGAUUCCCAUUCCCAAUUCCCCCAUUCUUAAGGUCUCUCUUCAGCUAGAAUAAUGCAAAACCAUUCAAUCUUUUUCAGUAUUUCCCAUUCUUCACCACUUUCUCCCUCUCGCUCACUGUCCAUACUCUAUCCCUCCUCCCCUAAACCGAAAACUGAUGGAGAAAAUCCAGUUUUAUCUGAGAAAUGCGUCCUUGUACCACAGAAACAUCGUCUGUCCCUCAGAUUCCUGUGGGUUCCUCUUGCAGAUCACCUUCAGUUUAUUCUUAACCACAGGCAAUACUUCUGGAUUCUUAUUGUUCAAUUUCCCACAGGAACUUCAGACCUCAGUAUAUCGUGGAUUCGUUUCCAUUUGUCAGCCUAUUCCAUGGAUUUCCGUUACACCUCGUAGUAGUAUUUUGCAGAAUAAUUUUGCAGGUCUAUUGUUGCCCAGCCUAUUCGACGAAAUUAUUUUUAAUUACUCUCCCCCAUGGACUUUCAGGCCUUAACAUCCUAAAUAUUGCAAUAAGUUGGUAGAAUUACCGACAAUGUAAAGCACACAAAUGUAACUAAUGCGACAAUUUAUUGAGGCGACGUUUCGCUCUCCAGAAGCCUUGUCAAGCCGUAACAGCUAACAAAACUAGAGAGCGAAACGUUGCCAUAAUAAAAUAUCACGUCAGUUGCACCUUAAGAACGUAAAUAUUCUUACAGUAGAUACCCAGUAAAAGGCACAUACAUCCUCCCAUCACAUGGCUUGACCAGAAACAUUCUGGUCCUUAACGUGUAUAACUCGAGUUCCGCUAACUUGUUACUUCAAAGAGAAUUUUGAAAGCCUGUUUCACAGGAUUUUAAUUCUAUAUACAUUUUGGACGCGUCUGAGCAUCCCAAGUAUAUUUUUUUAUAUGUUGAAAUGCGAUAUUUUUAAAAACGUGAGACUCAAUGAUCGUUUUAACAAAUAUGAAAUAUAGAGAGAAUCUGCUAAAAUAAAUCUUAUAUAUUUCUAUAUUAAAAUUGUUAUGUAUCUGAACUUGGUUAUUUAGAAGUUUUACCUAAACUGAUCUGUGGAACACGAGUCCCAGAUCUCAAAUGUUUAAGAUUUCUUCGUUUUUUUCAUUAGUUUGUGUACAAAUUUACCAAAACAUUGUGAGGUGGCUGGGCCAUUGAGUUGCAAUGUAGAUACAUUAGUAUAAUAUAUUAUACUACUAUAAUCUGUUAGUAUCAAAA